AUGUUGCCACGUAUUUUUUCCCAUUUCCCAAACUCAACAAACAUUUGUUGUGCAUAAUCCCAGAAAAUAUGGGUAAUGCUGAAAGUGUGGAUAUUCCAGGGGGUGGUACUGAUGGCUAUCACAUACUGCGAGUUCAAGAAAACUCCCCAGGAGCCAAAGCUGGUCUACAACCUUUCUUUGACUUUAUCGUAGCCAUAAAUGGCACUAGACUGGAUAGGGAUAAUGAUACAUUGAAAACAAUCUUGAAAACUGGCAUUGGGAAACAACUACCAUUAACUGUAUACAGUUGCAAAACACAAGCAGUGAGGAGCUUGACUAUUGAGCCUAGUGACUCCUGGGGUGGACAGGGAUUCUUGGGUGUUAGUAUACGCUUCUGCUCAUUUGAAGUGGCUAAAGAAAAUGUCUGGCAUAUCUUAGAAGUCAACCCUAACUCACCAGCAUCAUUAGCAGGACUGAGACCAUUCUCUGACUAUAUUAUAGGGUCUGAUGCUAUUUUACAUGAGAGUGAUGAUUUGUAUAACCUCAUAGAGAGUCAUGAUGGGGUCAGCUUGAAGCUUUAUGUUUACAAUUCAGAUGAUGAUAGCUGUAGAGAAAUCACCAUAACACCAAAUUCACAUUGGGGUGGUGAAGGGAUGGUUGGCUGUGGUAUAGGUUAUGGGUAUUUACAUCGUAUUCCUGUUAGGAGUAACUUAGAGAAACAGGAACCUACUACAACAAUCUACAAUACAUUGAAACAAGAAAAGAGUGUUGAGCCAAUAGUUACAGCAUCUAAUGUACAGUUUACUAGUAGUGUGACUGAAUUGACCCAAAAUACUGCUGGUUUGUCUCUGAACACUCCUAGUAAUGUAAUAGCACCAGCUACUGUUGAUAGCCAAGUUUUCAGUGCAAAUUUGCCUCCUCCUGUAUCCAUUCCAAACUUCAAUUCUGUACAACCAAGUCCUCUUUUCAACUCAAUUGUUGCACCAGUAAAUCCAGUUACACCUACUGCACAAUUUCAAACUGGAACACAACCAGAAACAAAUUAUACCACUGUUUCAACUGCACAAAUUCCCAUGUAUUUUUCACAACCCCAAUCCACCCCAGUGAAUUACCACACUACACAGAGUUAUGCGCCAUACAAUUCUACCCAAAACCAACCAGUUUAUAGUGAUCCAUCAGUGUCAACCACAAUUGCUGGUGCUCAAGCACAAAAUAUUCCUCAUGGUGUGCCUAUUACUUCAUCAGCUUUACCUCCACCUCCUUUGUCAGGAUUUCAACCAAAUCCUGGACAGCCACUGAUUUUUGAUCCAACAAUAGCAGCACAGUCUGCCCAGCAAUUGCUUAGUGGGAAUGUGCCUAUCUCUAGCUAGGACUAGAAUGAUCUCUCAUUCAUGGACAUAAGCAAGAUGAUUUAUAUUGGAUGCAUUUGAUAAUAGAGAUUUUACUAUGAAACCAUAUUUGGCAAAAUUCAAUAUUGUGUUAUUUAAUCUGCUGGAUAAAUGCAAACGGAACAUUUCCAUACUUAUUUAAAAUAUUUAUGAAAUGAAGAACUUACAUUUUGAGUGUUUAUUUUUUUAUUUGAUCCCAUCUUAUUGUUAUUGAUUCAAAUAUUUAUAUUUGACAUAAACAACAUAUUCUUGAACUAUGUUGAAUAUUAUUAUGAUAAUUAUUGUUGAUCAAACCCCCUGUACCAAUGCCAAUGUGGAAAUGAUUGAUGUAAAUUUUACGAUAUUUUAUAUAAAUAUUGAGUGAUGUAAUAUAAUAAAUUAAUAUAUG